AUGGCACUGUAUAAACUGUAUAGGCCUGAACGUGAAACACCAAAGAAGCGUGGUGUUGAUCUCCUCAAAGAUAGCCGAUUGAAUAAGGGUAUGGCAUUUGGCUUGUACGAGCGACAGUAUCUUGGAAUUCAUGGCUUGCUUCCGCCAGCAUUUAUGACCGAAGAACAGCAAGCAUAUCGAGUAAUUACCAAACUUCGAGAGCAACCGGAUGACUUAGCGCGAUACAUUCAGCUGGAUGGCUUACAAGAUCGUAAUGAGAAAUUAUUUUAUCGUGUACUGUGUGAAAACGUCAAAGAGUUAAUGCCAAUUGUUUACACGCCAACUGUUGGUUUGGCGUGCCAGAAUUUUGGCUACAUUUACCGCAAACCAAAGGGAUUAUAUAUUACUAUUAAUGAUAACAGUAUUAGCAAAAUUCAUCACAUCUUGUCAAACUGGCCAGAAACUGACGUCCGGGCAAUUGUGGUGACAGAUGGUGAGCGGAUCCUUGGUCUGGGCGAUUUGGGAUGCUACGGUAUCGGAAUACCGGUGGGCAAAUUGGCACUGUACGUGGCUUUGGGUGGUGUUCAACCAAAAUGGUGCCUGCCUGUGUUGAUGGACGUGGGAACGAAUAACGAGGAGCUUUUGCACGAUCCGUUUUACAUUGGCCUUCGUCGAAAGCGUGUUCGCGGGGAAGAGUACGAUCGUCUUGUGGAUAACUUUUUGUUGGCCUGCACAAAAAGGUUUGGCCGAAAAGUACUUAUUCAAUUCGAGGAUUUUGCUAAUCAAAAUGCGUACCGAUUGCUGGAAAAAUAUCGCAAUAAAUAUUGUACAUUUAACGAUGACAUUCAAGGAACAGCUUCGGUUGUGGUUGCUGGCUUGCUAGCUUGCUCGAAAUAUACUGGUCGACCGCUUGCUCAAGAAAAAUUUGUUUUCCUCGGUGCUGGUACCGCAUCAAUGGGUAUCGCGGAAAUGUGUGUGGCGCAAAUGUUAACCGAAGGACUGACAAAAGAGGAAGCACGCGAUCGUAUUUACUUGAUGGAUAUCGAUGGUCUGAUAACGAAACGUCGCGAAAACAUGAAUGAUUUACAUCGACCGUACGCAAAAGAUUUGCCCGAAACGAAGAACUUAUUGGAGGUGAUAAAGGAAGUGAAACCAACAGGCCUGAUUGGCGCAUCAACGGUACGUGGUGCAUUCAAUGAAGAAAUUAUUCGUACCAUGGCGAAGCUGAACAAGAAUCCUAUUAUUUUUGCGCUCUCAAAUCCCACAAGUAAGGCCGAAUGCACUGCGGAAGAAGCAUACCAUUACACGGAUGUAAAGUUUUUCGCUAAUUUCCAAGGCUUUUUGCAUGAAAAUCAGAAAUUCGGGAUCAGAAUCCGUUUUGGUUACCGGAAAAUCGCGGCUUAA